AUGGAAAUUGACGGUAACACUUUAAUUUUUGUACUGGUUCUUCUAUUUAUCUUCUUUUCAAACCCAGGUGGCGAUGGCGUCUCUUCACAAUAUGAAUAUAACCAGCUACAGCUGUUAAAGAGUCAGUUUAAUUAUGAAUAUAACGUUUUCCAUACUAUGUCAAGCUCUUCUAAUUUUGGUAAUAUUACCGGUUUUAGGUUAAGCUAUGCGGAUGCCAAAAAAGAUCCUUCUCGUGAUGCAACGUAUCCGGUUGAUGGCAAACUAUAUGACAAGUGGGAGUUAAAUGAGCACUAUAUGACUCUUCCAGAUAGUGUAAUAGAGGAGUUGAGGUCAAAUGUGUGGGCUAGGGAUGACGUUUCUAUGUCGUUUCCGCCGAAUAUCACGGGGUCUUUACAUGGCCAUGUCAAGUUAAUGAGUAACAAUGCAUUUACUGCUAUUCCUAUGGGUAUUCCAAAUUUUUACAAAGCACCCAAGGAUUUUGCCCAAAAUAAUCCUUUGCCAGGGGAGUACUAUUUACGAUCUCCAGAGGACAUGCCCAAGUAUGGGGAGUUACAUAAUGUUACUUUUCCUACUGGUAAAAUGGAUAUAUCUUUCAAGCAUGUCGACAAGGCCUCUGCAAGUUGGAAAAAGGGAGCUGCAAAAUCUAGGCGAUUCAAUACUCAAGAAGACAAGUGGAAAAUGUUACAAUUGAGCUUAGACUUCUACGACGAAGCCGAACGCGAAAAACACAGUAUACAAGCGAGAGGUAUAUAUGAUGUUCAGCGUGGCCAGAUACUUUUCAUGUCACAGAGUGCCAAGUUCCAUUCUAUCUUUGCAUUUCCCCAUUAUAUGUCUAUAAAAGGUGACGAGAAACGGUAUGGUUCUUUAGUGCAAAUGAUAGAUGAAUAUUGGAAUGCAUCUAAUUAUGUUGAAACUAUGACUAUGGACAAUUUACAGGAUUACUUUGAAACUGCAAACUCUAAAUGCGAGUAUAUUGGGUACCUACAAAUUAAAGAAUGGGACAAAUAUACCAAAGACCAAAUAAAAAUGAUUGAUGACGAACUUACCUGGCCUAUAGGUCGCCCUGUAAAUAUGUCGGAUAUUCCUCCGAUAGAAAUAUCAAAAGGGUUGCUCUAUAGUCCGGAUUGUGGAGUGCAAUUGUCUUUAGACAAUGUACAAGGUCCUAGAUAUGAAGUUCAAACUCGAACUAUACGAAAACAGUUGCUAGUUGGAUGUUGUUUAUUUGCUAUCCAAAUGUACCUUUUCCUUUUGCAGAUGCAUCACACAAAUACACCCAGUUAUGUAAAUAGGAUAUGUUACUGGACGAUAGCAAUGAUAAACCUGGUGGAUGGUUUGCUUGCAAUACUUUACUUCCUGGCUUCUACAGUAUUGCGGGAAUUGUUCCUACCAUUAAGUGUAAGCUCUUUUGCUUGCUUUAUACUUGCAAGCAUUUUUGAGACCAGAUAUAUGAUUUCGGUUUACGCAUCACAAGUGAAUGAAAGAGGGGUUAGCAUUUUAACUUUGUUACGGGGAGGCGGCUCUGAUACGAGAACGCCAACCACAGUAAUACCAGAUGAGGCUGCAAUAAGCGGGAUGUUAUACGGCAGAACUGUGUUUACAUUACUUGCAUCUAUGUUCAUUGUUAUAAGUUCCCUCUCGUGGUCUAAGGGAAUUCGUACGAUAUUCGAAUAUACCUGCCUAAUUGUAUUAAAUUCGUACUGGAUUCCACAGAUAUUUAGGAACGCUGUCAAAGGAAACGAAUCAAGACGUGCCCGGAUCAGGAACACCGGUCAGCUCAACCGUAACAACAAUAAUAUGUCUCCACUACUAUGGAAAUUCAUCAUAGGGACCACUAUAAUUCGGAUGAUUCCGGUAGUAUAUGUCUUCACGUAUCCUGGAAACAUGUUCCGCCAUCAUAGCGACCCUACGUUUGCCUUAAUUCUAGUAAUUUGGAGUAUAGUGCAAGUCGCCCUACUAUACUCUCAGGAUUUAUUUGGCGCCCGGUGGUUCCUACCGAAGCACACAAUUCCCGAGGGAUAUUCUUACCACAAAUCUAUGUUAUCUUCGGAUUUAUUAGAGCAUGGUUCACACGAGAAUUACUCUAUCGAUUGUGCUAUUUGCAUGUCUGAGGUCGCAGUAUAUGUUGAAGAUAUCGCGGAAACACACAAGACAAAUAUAAAUGAAUAUAUGAUCACACCCUGUACGCAUGUUUUCCAUACAGAAUGCUUGGAAAACUGGAUGAGUUAUAAGUUACAAUGUCCAGUUUGUAGAGCACCUCUACCACCUUUAUGA